ACAUGGACAGUGACGAGUGCGAAGCCGACGUCCCGAAGGAUGAUUUCUUGGCGCGCGAAUAUCAGGUGGAGCUCUUUGAGGGCGCCAAGGAGGCCAACACAAUUGUGUGCCUGGGCACCGGCACGGGCAAGACCUUCAUCGCUGUCAUGCUCAUCAAGGAAAUGGAAAAGGACAUCAGGGUGCCUUUCGAGGAGGGUGGCAAGAGGACCUUCUUCCUGGUGCCCACAGUGCCCCUGGUGGCACAGCAGCAGAAAGCCAUCCAGGCCCACACGUCGCUGCGCGUUGGCGGCUACAUCGGUGGCAUGAACGUGGACAACUGGGAUGCUGCGCGCUGGCACAAGGAGUUUGUCAACUCUCAGGUGCUGGUGAUGACCCCCGAGAUCUUCAAGAUCAUCCUGCACCACGCCUUCCUGCCUUUGUCGCGGGUGAACCUGCUCAUCCUGGACGAGUGCCACCAUGCGGUGAAGAAUCACCCGUACCGGGACAUCAUGCGCUGCAUGGACGGGGUGGAGCAGGGCCUCUGCCCGAGGGUGCUGGGCCUCACCGCCUCGGUGAUCAACAGCAAGACCACCGAGGCCCAGGUGGAGCACAAGAUGCACGGCCUCGAGAUGACCAUGCGCAGCCGGGUCCUCACCGUCUCCGACCAGGCCUCCAUGUCCAGGUACGGCACCAAGCCCAGGGAGGUGGUUGUGGAGUUUCACAGCAGCCGCAUCCUGGUGGAGCUGCCCCUGUUCAGCCCGACCAAGAGGCUGACCACCAGCCAGGAUCAAGACAUCGAGCGCCGUGUAGAGGACGCUCGACGUGACGCUCAACGCGUCACGUUGAGCGUCCUCAACGUGACGCACGACAUGGGCCUCUGGUGUGGCCAGCUCACCGCCCAGAUUUUCGUAGAAGAGGCCCGUAAGCUCCUGGAGAAGACUGAAGAGAGGCUCGUGGCCGAGUAGGUGUCGCAGUGCCUGGACUGGCUCCGAGAGGCGCAAUCCAGGCUGAGUAAGGGUUGUGACCCCGGCGUGAACUUCGUGGAGCACCGCCUGCUGGCCCUGGCCACGCCCAAGCUGAAGAAGCUGCUGGAGGUGCUGCGCGUGUUCCGGCCCACCGGGCCCGAGGAGGACUCGUCCCUGUGCGGCAUCGUGUUUGUCAAGGAGCGGGUGGUGGCCCGGGUGCUCUGCGCCUGGCUGGGCCGGGUGGCCGAAGAGGUGGCCCCGUACGCCUUCGUGAGGCCCCACUUCGUGGCGGGCCACGGCGGCAUGGCCGGCCAGAGCACCAAGGAAAGCGGCAUGUCCUUCAAGCAGCAGUGCAAGGUCCUGGAGCAGUUUCGCCGGCAGGAGUGCAACCUGCUGGUGGUGACCUCUGUGGUGGAGGAGGGCAUGGACGUGCCCAAGUGCAGCCUGGUGGUGCGCUUCGACUUCCCCCCAGACUACCGCUCCUACGUGCAGUCCAAGGGCCGGGCCCGGGCCAGGCGCUCCCUCUACCUCAUGAUGGUCUCCCGGGACGACUGCCAGCUCAGCUGCUCCAACCUGCAGGCCUACCACGUCGUCGAGUCGCUCCUGAUGAACAAGUGUCGAGAGCGCAAGGCCCCCCUCGACUCCGAGGUGGUACUCAGCUUUGCGGUGGACGAGAUGUUGCCGCCCUACAUGCCGGUGAAGCGGGACGGGGCGGCCAGGAUUACCAUGACCUCUGCCAUCGGCCUGGUGAAUAGGUACUGUGUGAAGCUGCCCUCGGACAUCUUCACCCGUCUGCAGCCGGACUACACCAUCCUCCCCGUGAACAAGGAAGACAAGGAGUACUACGUGUGCACUGUCUACCUGCCCAUGACGAGUCCCCUGAAGGAGCCCAUUCAGGGCCAGCCCAUGGAGACCAAGAGGUACGCCAAGAUGGCCGCAGCUCUCGAGACCUGCAAGAGGCUGCACCAGAUGGGUGAGCUGGACGACAACCUCCUCCCCGUGAAGCGCACCCUGGCCCUCUUGGAAGAGCCGGAGGAGGAGGCAGAGCAGCCGGGGGUCCCCAAGCCUGGCACCAAGAAGAGGAGGAGGGUGUACCCCAAGAGGGUGUGCCGCCUGUUCCGGGAGGCGCCGCUGGCGGGACCCGGCACGUUCCGACUGCACGUGCUGACGACCCGGCUGGAGCGGCUGGCCUCCGAUCUGCAAAACUGGCGCAAGGAGCGCCUGGUCGACCCCGAGGACAGCCCCCUCUGGUUCGGGAUGCUGCUGCGGGAGGACAUGCCCCUGAUCCCGUCUUUCCCGAUCUUCACUCGCUCCGGGGAAGAGCUGGUGACCGUCUCGCGCGCCGGCUCGGUGCACCUCACCAAGGAGCAGUGCGAGAGGCUGCGGCACUUCCACCGCUUCGUCUGCGACGAGGUGAUGCGGGUGCGCGAGCGUCCCCUGCUCGCCUUCGACCCCGGCUCCGCCCCCAACUGCGUCACCCUGGCACCCGUGAUGCAAGGCGACGGAACUGCCGCUAUAGACUGGCCCUUCGUCAAUGCCGUGUUAAACCACAAGAAGCCGGCGGCAGGCGAGCGGUUCCAGUUCCAGAGGCACUCUUACGAAGACGCCGUGGUGGUCCCGCAGUACCACCCCCUCAACUACCGGCACAAAACUUACUACGUCAAGAGGGUGCGCGACGACCUCAGCCCCGAAAGCUCCUGGACCACGGGCACCGCCUCUUUCGCCGAGUACCUCACGGGCGUCCACGACCUCCGGGUGACGGACCGCUCGCAGCCACUCCUCGAGGUUGCCUUCACGGAAGUGCGCCUCAGCUUCCUCACCCCGCGCUUCCGCAACCGCCACGGCGACGCGUUUGCCAAGAAGACGACGGCGGACCGCGUGGAGCUCCGCGUGGCCGAGUUCUGCGACGUGCACCCGAUCCCGGCAAGCGUGUGGCGCAAGGCGGUCUGCCUCCCCAGCAUCCUCUACCGGAUCAAUCAGCUCCUCCUGGCGGAGGAGAUCCGGUGCACCGUUGCCGCGGAGACGGGCGUCGGGCUGCGGACCGUCGAAACUGACUGGCCGGCGCUGGACUUCCAGAGCGCGUCGUUCGAGAGAGCCUCUGCGGGUGCCAAGAGGGAGAUCGAGUUCGGGACGCUGCUUCGCGGACACGGCGACGCGGAAGAGAUCCGGAUGCCGCGGAUCUCCGGGUCGUUCGAACUUCAGCCGGAGCUGGAGGGGAACCCGGGUCCGAGCCCCGGGCGUCUGCUCGAGGCGUUGACGUCUGCAAAGGCCGCGGACGGAUUUGACCUGGAGCGCCUGGAAGUGCUGGGAGACUCGUUUCUCAAGUUUGCGGUCACCAUCGACCUGUACUGCGGGGAGACGGCGGCGCAAGAAGGGCUGCUGACGCAGGCGCGGUCACGGAUCAUCAGUAACAGGAACCUGCACAGGCUCGGAUGCGCGAUCGGGGUCGCGGAGGCGGCGGCAUCCGAGAUGUUUGAACCGCAGCGGAACUGGCUGCCGCCGGGUUAUCGCGUUCCGGAAGGGUGCGAGGACAAGAUGCUGGACGUAGACUUUGCCUUCUGGGCCUCGCAGAAGAGUCCCAAGUGGUUUGACACCGUGACGGCGGAGGAGCUGACUUCUGCUUAUGAGGCGUACAAGGCGGAGUGUUUGCGGCCGGACUACGUGGCGCCCAAGCGCGACAGCUCGUGCGCCGUGCCCGUGUGCACCUCCGCUCAGGUGCCGGAUAAGAGUGUGGCCGACUCGGUCGAGGCUCUCAUCGGAGCCUACCUCCUGGUGUGCGGACCCGUCGGAGCCCUCAAGGUGAUGAAGUGGAUGGGCGUCCGGCUGACGCAAUGCGACCUGGAGGGCGGGGCAGAGGGCAGCGGCGUGCGUGGCUUCUGGGGCUUCCCCCCGCCCCAAACGGCGCUGCUGCGCCACGUCCCGCACCCGGAGGAGGACCUGGCGGCGCUGAUGGAGCUCAUGGCGGACACGGUCGCGGACGUCGAGAGGGCUCUCGGCUACACCUUUGUUGACCGGUCCUUCCUGCUGCAGGCGGUCACGCAUGCCUCCUACUACAAAAACAGGCUGACGGACUGCUACCAGCGCCUGGAGUUCCUGGGCGACGCUGUGAUCGACUACCUGGUGACACGCUACCUGUACGAGCUGCCCCGCAAGUUUAACCCGGGCCAGCUGACGGACCUGCGCUCGUCGCUGGUCAACAACACCUUCUUCGCCUCGCUGGUGGUGAAGUACGGGCUCCACGGCUGCUUCAAGCACUGCAAUCCGAGCCUGUUCAGCGCCAUUGGCCGCUUCGUCAACUACCAGGCCCAAGCGCGCGAGGAGGAGCGCGAGGAGGGCGAGCUACCGGACGACGACCGUCAGGAGUUCCCGGACCUGAACGCGCCUCUGGACGGGGCAGAAGACGACACUUACUGGAAGGUGCUGGAGCGUCACUACUGCCACGAAGAGGAGUGUCAGGAGCCCGAGGAGGUGGAGGUGCCCAAGGCGCUGGGGGACCUCUUUGAGAGCCUGAUGGGCGCCGUGUUCCUCGACUGCGGCAUGUCCCUGGACCGCGUGUGGCGCAUCAUCUACCGCAUGUUCGGCCAGGAGAUCGAGUCCUUCAGCCAGAACGUGCCCGUGCCCCCCGUCAAGGAGCUCACGGAACGCUUCCGGGACGCAAGGUUUGGUCCGGCGGAGCUCCUGGGCAACAACAAGGUGAAGGUGCAGCUCACGGUGACUGGAAAAACGUUUUCGUGCGUCGCCAAGAACAAGAAGCUAGCCAAGAUGGCGCUAGCCAAGAAGUGCCUGCGGAUGGUCAAGCAGUGCGGAUCCUGAGCCUCCCGCUGCCUCCCGCUCCGGUCCACCGCGGUGUGCCUCGGGAUCUAAGAAACCCAUUGUUGUGGAUGUAACAAUGUGUUGCAGCCUGCCUCUGCAGUAUUGCGUGGCAGCAGUGCCUCUUUGCCGAUUAUUUUGGGACAGAUUUGUUAAAACUAAUAUUUCUAUUUGUUCAAAAUAAAUUAAUUUCUAUAUUUUUAA